CUGAGGUGUUAGAAGAGAUUGAAUUAUUAUAUAUGACACCUAAACAACGAAGAAAAAAAAAUUGGUUUCCAUUUAUUAUUAUUCAAAAAAAUUGGAAAGGUUAUAAAAAGCCAUAUUUUUCAGAUAAUCUUAAAGAAGUUCUUCUACUCCCUGUUGAACAACCUGAUCUUAUACUCAUUGAAGAAAAAAUUGCAAUUCUAAAAAAAUCACAGGAUAAGAUUAUUCAAGAUCUAAAAUCAAUUAAAGAUAAGAAAAAUUUAUUUGGCUAA